ACUUCUCAAAAAGUCCCUACCUGCCGGCAUGAAAGGCUUGGACGACCAAAUCGAGCGCCACAUCCACAAGCUCGAGGUCCUGAGCGGCGGCGAGAGACAGGGCCAUCCGACGUACAUACUUCGACGGCCGGAGUCGGACGGAGACACGCGUGGGAGCUGGGCGGCGGCGGCGGCGAUGUCUCCGACGGUGCUCUCCUCCAAGUCGACGGCUCAGGCGCAAGUGGGAGGCGGAGCCGAGCUGAGGGUGUAUGUGCUUCCCGCGGCGGGCAUCGGCCAGCCCCUCCUCGCGUACGUGUACGAGCUCAAGGGCUUUGGCGACCUGCAAGGGGUGACACUCGUCCCCGACCCGAGUCCGGGCCUCGCCUCUCCCUCCGGCCUCCGGCUGAUUGUGAGCGAGUUCGACACCGGCCAGCUGGUCGAGGUGGGGGGCGAGAAGACUCAGCAAGGCACGGUAAGGCGAGGACAGGCCAGGCUCCAAGGCAAGAGGACCGCGGUCAGCGUCGUCAUGACACCGCCGUCAAACAACCAGCCCUACGAGGACCUGAGCGGCGUUGCUCACGCGCCCGGACCGGACCCGGCUGCCGACGGCGAGCUAGUCGUAGUCGUAGAGUACCUUAAGCUCAACUGGCGACCCUGA